AUGGCGGCGACCUCCUCUGUGGCGAGCAAAGGUGAUGGCAGCGGCCUCGUCUUUGGCGAGCAAAGGAGAGAAGAAGAGAAGCUUCGGAGAGACGAAGGAGAAACGAACAUUAGGGGAGAAGGAGGAUGCGAUGAAGGAGAGCAUAAGGGGAAAAGGGAGGUUCACGAUGAAGGGGCUAUCAGCUCUAGCCGUCAGAACACGCCAACUGCCCUUUCUUUCGUAUCAAUUCAGCUUUCCGUCACUUCAGCUUUAAUUCAUUUCAGCUCCAUCUUUCUGUCCUUUCGAUGUCAGCCUUUCUCCACAUACAAGAACACAGCUCUUCCAAAUGCUAAAAUCACAGUUCCAUCUCCGCAUCGAAAAUCUCGUUACUCAUGCCCUGACUCUCCGCAUGCAGUCACGCGUAGAUCUAACUGCCGCCCCACGGCUGCAAUAGUGAGCUCAGCGAAGGCAACGAGAUUCUUGAUGAGAAAGUCCUGCAUAGAGCAAAUAAAAAAUUCUGCUAGUCCUAUUUUGGAUUGGGCUGUUUUGGGAAAAAGUUUCAUGGCUCGAGAGCGCAAAAUUGCUCGUAAAUCGAUCAUUUCCACAAAACGAGUGCUUGAGAUGCGAGAAGAGCGUCGUUGAAGACGACUAGCUGAGCUGAAUAGGGAGGUGUCCGCUUAUUGGCAUACGAUGGAACGCCAAGAGCACCACCACACAUUCUAGACAUUGAUAGUAACAGAGUAGGUGAUGAGAGGAGAGCUUUACCUCAUGAGGAGCGUUACCUUCUGUUGCACCCGGCCACAUGGCUAGAUCGAAAUUGUUUCAAGUCU